AUGAAUGCGCAGGAACCUCGCGUCCAAGUUGUGAAGGCCGCCAACAACAACAACAACAACGGCAGUAAUAUCUGUAGCAUCUUAUCGCGCAGAGAAUUGUCGUCCAGAGCACCCAAAAGUUUUUUGAGGAGGAACUGCAAUGCUGCUAUUGGAUCAUGGGCAGAGGGCAUGUCCCUCAGGAAUUUAUCGAGCUCAUUCUGCAGUCUAGAGCCUCCACCCGAAGUACAAGUAAAGAAAGUGAAGUCGACAACCUUCAAUGCUGAUGGAACAAUGCUUGCGGCGAAUCUAGUAUAUGGUACGAAGUUAAUUGAUACUCAAACUGAAAGAUGCAUACAGUUGGCUGAUUCUAUACAUGUAAUUUGGCCGGCUAACUUCCAUCCGAUUGAUCGUGAUGUUCUUACAAACAGAACAAUGAUGGCACAAGUAUCAGUGUGGAAUGUAAACACUUCAGCCUAUAUUAGAAUGCGUGAAUUUGAUACGAUUCCAAGAUUUUUAUCCUUCCAUGCCCAAAAAGAAAUCUUAGCAGUAGGCACUGAAGAUGAGAUUUUUAUAUGGCAAUAUAGAGAGGGAUUGGAAGAAGAAGAUGGAGAGGCAGUGGAUGAGGAAGAAGAAGAUGCAGAGGAAGUGGAUGAGGAAGAAGAAUAUGGAGAAGAUGGAGAGGAAAUGGAUGAGGAAGAAGGAGAUGCAGAGGAAGUGGAUGAGGAACAAGAAUAUGCAGAGGAAAUGGAUGAGGAAGAAGAAGAUGCAGAGGAAGUGGAUGAGGAAGAAGAAGAUGGAGAAUAUGGAGAGGAAAUGGAUGAGGAAGAAGAAGAUGGAGAGGAAAUGUAUGAGGAAGAAGAAUAUGCAGAGGAAGUGGAUGAGGAAGAAGAAGAUGCAGAGGAAGAAGAUGAUGCAGAGGAAGUGGAACAAAAUCCUAUCCUAAGGACCAAUGAUACUCUCCGCUUGGUCUGUUUUCAUCCUUGUGUUGCACGAUGUCUUCUGACGGCUGAGGAGUGCAUCUUUGGUAAUUCAGUGAAAUGGGUGCUCAUUGUUCUCCAUGCGGAAGAUAUUUAGCGGUUUGUUUAGCAUGUAAACUAAGACAUGAUGAUUGUGGCGCCUCAACUUCAACAACUAAACAAGAGAGAUCCUCAUCCAAAAAAUUU